UAGGCAUCGUAUCACAAUGGGAGUCAACACUCCUUCUAGACAGGUAGGAAAUAGGCAACAAUGCCUACCUAUCUUACCGCGGCGUGAUCGUAAUUCUCGUGGUAUAUUAUGAGAGGCCUUUACUUUCCUUUUUUCACUCGAGGACAGUGGCGAUACUCGUGCGGAGCACUUAAACGUCCGGUUACGAGGCCAGCACGACUCGUAUCUUUGUUCAGCUGCCCCGCUAGAAAUCUCUCGCCCUCAUCCUCACCUUCACCUUCACCUUCACCUUCACCGCCAUCCACCAUCCGCCGUCCCCAUUCCUCUCAUAACUCCAUAGCCUACGCGAGGGUCCAGUACCGCGCGAUGGCUCCCCCAAACCCCUUCUCCACGCUUCUUAACAACAACACCCUCACAGCCCGUCUCGCCGUUCUACAGCCGGCCGCGGAACAAGAAGCCCCCAUUGAGCUAACGCUCACGGAGGCCGUGAUCAAGGACGCAUCGUACGAAUGCAUAUCGUACGACCGGUCCGCGGAAACCGCUUCUGCCGCCGCGAAUAACACCACCACGACGGUAUCCGUCGAUGGCGCGCCCCAGGACAUUCCCAAGCAGUUAGGCGACGCGCUACGCACGUUCCGGCGCAAGACGCGCCCACGCACCCUCUGGGCAGACGUCCUCGUGGGCCGCACGCCGGCGGAGAUGAGCGCGCAGGCCCGGGUCCAGCGCGCCGUGCUCGAGGGCGCCGAGCGCACUUUAUGCUGGCUGAGCUCAGAUAAAGGGGACUUGACGACGAGGGCCUUCGCCACGAUCGCGGAGAUGGGGCGGCGCUUCGACGAGGCGAGUCGGGGCGUCGGGCUAGGUCCCGACGACCGGCUGUCGGCGGCGACGGUGCAGCAGUUGACGGGGAUCAGGGAGCGGCUGCUCAGCUGCCCCGCGGGCGACCUGGAUUCGUUCGACUUCGCGCUGUGGCGGGAGAUCUCCGCCGUCUUCGGGUCCGCGUACUGGCAGAGCGUGCAGGCGGUCGCGGAUAUCGCUUUGGCUAAAGUGCCGAUCGUGGUCUGCGGGCGGGGCAACAUCCACUGGCCGGGGUACAUCGCGGCGUCGCGCGCGAUGCCCUUCUUCCAGGCCAAGUUCUUCGGGGUCCCGCUGCUGCCGCACGUGAUGAAGGGCUUCGAUAUCGCGAACCAGAUCGAGAUCGCGGAGCGCAGGAGGCGGUUGGGCGAGUCGGUGGAGCUGCUGCCCAUGGUGCAGACGGCGCGCGAGUGCGGGCCGAGGGAUGUGAGGGACAGCGUGUUUUCGAUGGUGUUGCUUGCGACGCCGUCGCGGCGCGUGGAGUUUCAUAAGGAGGGCCCUCAGCCCUUGCCCAAUAUUGAUUAUGGGAAGACGCCGCAGCAAGUGUUCAUCGAGACAGCGAGAUACACGGUUCUCGAGCGCCAGGACUUGAUGCUCUGGUAUGCCGAGCGUCCGCCUUGCGAGAAGCGGUUGAAGGGCUUGCCGACCUGGGUCCCUGAUUUCGGCGCUAUACCGCCUAAGGUUGGUCCCUUGUUUAAUCCGAAUGGCGGCAUGAGGCAGUGGUGGGACGCGAUCAAACCCGAGUCCGCGAAGAAGCCGAUCACGGUCUCCGCAGACAACGCACUGCACCUACAAGCCCGACCGCUCGACCGUAUCGUCCACGUCUCGCCGAUCUUCAACGGGGGCAACGCGCGACAUGUGCUCUUUACCGAGUUCAAGAAAUUAAACGAGGCGAUGUCUGCUACUCCCAACCCGUUCUCACAGGAGACCCGCGAGCAAGUAGGCCAACGCUUCUGGCGGACCCUGAUCCUCAAUUCCGGUGGGUCCAAAUCCGCCUCUGCUACAAUGAGGGAUGUCGUCGCUCCACCAGAUAGCCUCGGACACGCGUUCGCGAGCAUGAUCGCGGAAGAGGCCAUCAUGCACCAGCUCGACUGCAGUAACAUAUCUGAGCUUCAGACGCCUGAGAACGCGGCGCGCUUGCGGGCUUCGCCAGGACUCAUGACUGCGUUGUCGCAGUGCGGGAAGUCGAAACCAUACGAAGAACUGCUAGCUAAAAAUUCCAUCGGAAGACGCUUUUUCUGGACCCAAGGGGGUAGGUUUGGGAUGACUGGGAUCGAGGACGUUAAGGCUAUUGAUCCGCAUUUGGACAGCCCUAUAGGGGACGAAGCCGGCGAUGGGAAUGGAAAGGGGCAAGACAAGGAAGAAGUAGAGAAAAGAAGGCAGGCGGAUUUGGGGAGGACGAUGAACGAUCCUAUGUCUAGAAUGAUGAUGGAGCAGUUUCAAGCGUUUCUCAACGAACGUGAUCCGAACGCGGCGCGUAUCCACGCAAAGGCUGUUCGCGGUAUGUUGCCCGAAGUAAGCGAAGAUACGCUAGGGAGGCUUGAUGGUGGUGUUAGAGAGGGCGAUUUAGUUGUGGCUUGCGUAGGAGGGUUUUUUCCGUAUAUUCUACGUCCUCAACGAACAAAAGAAGAAGCAAAAUCAGAAAAGGAAACAGAAACACAAACAGGGAUAGGAGAGAAGAAUGCUGGGGAAAGAACGGGGGAAGGAGCGGCCGAGGAAAGGGGAGAUGGAAAGAGCGAUGCGCAACCCACAGAAGCUACAUCGGAAGACUCAUCGACCUACGAGUUUGUGGGAGAGUGCUACCUACACGAAGCAAUGCAAGGCGAGGACUUCUUGUCCACCUCCUUCUUUGGAAUGAUGCGGUCCUUCUCUGUGGAUGUGUCGAAGCUUGUCGAUAUUACCAUCGUCUAAGCUACGUGUGCACCUAAACAGCGACAACGUUUGAAAGCCUUAGAAAAGGGAACAACAAGAUAGCAAGCGAUAGAGGGCUUGCCUAGUGCAAAAAGGAGGCAACAUUGAAGCCACAUUAGGGAUGUAGGUUUGCUCAACACACAUAUAGGUCCGACUUACACAUAGUCACAUAUCAACAUCAAGGGACACCUCGAUAAGAUGAGGCCCGCGUAGCUCAAUGGCUAGAGCGUGGGACUUUUAUUUCCCAUAAAUGAAAUCCCAAGGCUGUGGGUUCGAGUCCCACCGUGGGCGUUCUUUUUUUGUGCUAGCUCUAGCCUAGACGUAAGCAGUAAAUUAGAUAGUUAACUUAGAUGCCAUAUUAUAUAAUGCGCAGCCUUACAAGCACCACGAAGCGGAAGCGAGUAACAAGUAGCCUGAGUUUAAUUUUUUGCUUCUUGAAGCUAGAAGAGAUUGGUGUCUGAAAGCA